UUUACCUUAUGUAAACAUGUAUCUUGAAGAAAUGCGUUCCCCAAAACAAAGAAUAAUUUUAAAGUCAUUUUAGAACAUAAAUAUAUACUUGUAAAUAUUUCUUGUGGCAGGAAAUUUGUUGAUCGUUCCUGGGAGGAAAAAGAGGGUUUUAUACCUGUAUUUUAUAGACAUGUUCCUUUGCACAGAUAUGAGUCGCCCAUUGUGGAAAUUAGGGAUUCAGUAGAGGACAGAUGCAUAGCCAGAAAACCUGUAUGUGAAGUGGUUAAAAAAAGUCUUUUGUCACGACAGUUAAUGAUCAAAAUGCUUACAGCAAGUUGAGAGAAACACUUGGAUUUUUGUAUCCAGAAUUUGUGUGCAAUUUUCAACAUGGGUGCUACGACAGAGAGAAACUAUCUGACAUGUCAAGAAAGGAAAGGAGGUUGUUUCUUUCCUCCACUGGAUAUUCACAGCCUCGUUGGUAAAAAGACACCCCGGAAAAAGAAAAAACGGAAGCUUUACACCUGUAGCACUCCGCAAUCGUUGACCCCUCGACUGCUGGGGGAGGGAUUUUUGCCCCCUGUGCUGAUUGACAGUAUUAGACUAACAUUUAUGAUGUCGCUGUUGGAUUCUAAGAAAGGCACAUCAUUGUUGGAUGGAUCACUGUUAUCAGCAAAAGCUCCCAAAGGUCGUCCCUACAGUGACGAGGUGCCCCCAGACGGUCAUUUCCCACGAUCUUUUGACACAAGCUCCAUAGGUUCAAAUAGGUCUGGAAAACUGUUGCAACAACAACAGGCUUCACAACAGUUACCUCCCAUUAUUGAUGAAGGAGGAGACAUCAGUUCUCCUUACACAGUGCUGCCCCCUAUACAGGAUGCAAGAGUUCCAGUGGAGAAGGAAGAUGGUAAGAUGGACGUGCCAUUGGUCAAUAUUGAACCCCCGACUCCUCAACAUUCGACGCUGACAAAUCUCCCUCAGUCUGUACGAGGAGGACCGUCCAGGGAACCUACCAUACCUCCAACAGAGGAGAGCACGCAUGAAGAUGAUGAGGGUGCAGAGUGGGGGGUUGACAUCACAGAAACAGAGAUUCUCGAACGAGCUAGGGAGGCGUCAAUGAUCCGCAGGGAGAGUGAGAGAGAGCUGGCAGGAAGUGGUGCUCAGGAUGGGGAGAAAGUCCAGCACAGCCCCAGGAGCAAAGGUCCAGUAUUAGCUGCAGGCUCCCACCUUCACAGUAGUCGUGAGAGUUUGGCAGAGUCCAGCACAGGAAGUCAGGUACACCUGCCGGGGACCCUGCCCAGCUGGAAGGGAAGCCAACCCAGCCUGAAGAGUGGAGGCGGAACGCACUCUAAAAAAGGAGGGUCUAGUCGUCAAGGAGAUGGAAGUUACAAAGGAAGCGUUGUUUAUGGCCCUGACGGUGAAGCCAUUAAUGUAGGGGGAGCUGUGGGGCUUCCAGACUCCCCAGUGCCAGUCUUGGACAUCAACAAGCUUCUAGAUGGAGCAGAAUCGGCUGUGUCAGAAGAUUCUGGUCACCUGUCAGAUGAUGAGGGCAGGGAAUCCUUUAGAAGCUCUGCUCAGCAUCCCUCACAGCCUUGGCCCCCAGGGACAGAGGGCUACAAACAGCUACAGCAGAAGAGAGACACAGACGCCCGUAGCGGUGACCUUGACGCCCAAAUGUCCAUCCACAGCUGGAGCUAUACACCCAAGGACCAGGAGCAGUCACCACACUCACCACGGACACAGCGCAGCCUUUCAGAGAGCACAGCACGAUCCAGGCGGAGUUCAGACAAAGCAUCGGUGUUGGCUGAGCAAGGUCUGAUCGAAGCGCUGACUGAGCAUGCCCAGAGGAUUGCUGCUGAUGUCCUGAAUCAGGGUGAUGCUGGCGUUAAUUUGGCCGAUGAUAUCAAGACAGCUGCAGGACUGUGGAUGGAUCAGCACCCACAGGCUGUGUUAUCACGCAGUCAGUCCGUACAGGAAGUCCCUGAUUCUUCUGCAGCAGAACAGAUAGCUCGCUCACAGCAUCGUAAAAGUGCAGAUCCGUCAGUGGCAGAGUACAAGGAGCUUAUUCGGAAAACUUUAAGUAGCGCAGUUGCCAAACAGAUGGGGAUCGAGGAUGGAGUAUUGCCAGAUGACACAGAGAUCAGCCCAGAGGUGAUGGACGCCUUGACCAACCAGUCACUGACCCCCGAUGAUCUGGAGGUGGUCCAGACAGAAAGUGGGCGGAGCAUCAUCCAGGCUAGGUCAGCGGCAUCCUCUCCACUAAAAGAAGGGCACCUGUACCAGCCAGCUCCAGGCAAAAAUGGCAGCCAUCCUUCUUCAGCUAAAUCUUCCAAACCACCGAUCUCAAUACCAAACGACCGACAAACAACGGCAGACAUUGGUGAAUUGGAUGUGCUCAACUUCGGGUUCGCUGAGCAGGAGAACCAAGAGGGAGGUCUGUCGCCACAGAAAACAAGCCCCGCCCACUCUGCAAAAUCACGUCGGCUAAGUGAUCAGUUGUCCGUUCCUGACACGGAGGUUAAGGCACCCUCUGGGAAGAGGUCGCAGGGAUCUGGAACAUCUCAGAGGUCGGAGAAAUCGAAAGUAUCAAACAGUGCGAAAACACCAGAACAAGAGCUGGCAGACUUGAUGAAGGAAUUGCAUGUGGACUCCCCUGGAGAUAAGACGCCAUCUAGUGGAAAGAAAAGCAAGAGCUCUGUGAAGAGUCAGAAAGUCUCACGGAACAGUCUUGAUGGAAGGGAUGAGUUUGUUGUAGGCAAAGUUGAAGACAAGAAAGAACUGGAAAAAUUAUAUGCCCCCAUAGAACCGCCACCCCCAAAGAAUGUCCCGAAAGCUGAUGGGAAACCCAAAUUGAAGAAAAAGUCCAGGAGCUUCUGUAAAAACAGGAAAAAAAGGAAAGAAAAAGGGAGAAGAAGCCCCAGUCUGCGUCUGUGUCAUCACAGGAAGUGCCCGCUGAUGUGAUGGUCGUCCUUAGCAACAAGGAUAAGGAACCACUUUCCCCGGCUCCCUCAAAAUCUGGAUCAGAAGAUAUUGAUUUUGUCUUCGUUCGUGACGAUGAAUCUGUUCCUGAACCAGAAGUUCCAAAAUCUCCAAAAUCGGCUAAAUCUGCAGUUCCCUCCCCUGCU